AUGAAUCCAAACCAACUUGUUGUCUCCAUUUUUUACUAUUUUUCUUUCUAUCNGGAAAGGCGUGCAUUAUUAUUUUGCCAAGAAGACAGAGCAAUACUAUGCAGAGAAUGUGACAUUCCGAUACAUCAAGCUAACGAGCACACUAAGAAACACAAUAGAUUCCUCCUUACCGGCGUCAAGAUCUCUGCCUCCCCGUCAGCCUACCCAAGAUCAUCCAAUUCCAACUCCCCUGCUACAUUGGGUCGAGCCAAAACCCGACCUAAAUCAGUAUCGAGUGAGGUCCCGAGCUCAGCCUCCAAUGAGGUAUUUAUGAGCUCUCCUUCGACGACCACGAGCAAUGGCUACUAUGGUAUAGAGGAAAAUUAUCAUCAAGUGAGCGAUUCGGGGUCUGGAUCGGGUUGUACGGGUACUGGUAGUAUAUCGGAGUAUUUGAUGGAGACAUUACCAGGUUGGAGAGUGGAGGAUUUGCUUGAACAUCCUUCUUGUGUCUCCUAUGAGGAUAACAUUAUUACUAAUAACAAUGAGUCCUAUAGUGUUUAUGAUGGUUCUUCACAAUACCAGCAUGAAGGAUUUUGGGAGCAAAAACCCUUUUCUUGAUUUUUUUUUUUGUUGAAUUAUAGUUUUUCUCUUUGAAGUUGGUGUUUGUAAUCAUGAAUCCAAACCAACUUGUUGUCUCCAUUUUUUACUAUUUUUCUUUCUAUCUUUAUAUUAAUAAGAAACUGUUUUCUUGUUU